AUGACAGAACACAUCUUCCUCCAAUCCCCAACCCUCACAGCCUCUCUGGCAAACGAGCCAACAACCCGCGGGCAUGUCCUCAUCACGCUCACCACCCAGCUCUUCACACCCCCCACCAACACCACAACAAAACCCAUUCUCGAAACCACGCGUCAGAUUGCGGACGCUUUAUGCCAAAUCACCAAAAGCAAGCGAUGCGCACUCGCCUACGACGGAGACCUGCUAAUCCACCUCCGCCCGAUCCACGGCCUUUCCGGUGAAAAAUGGACUCCCGUGCUCGACAACGACAAGGAAUUCCACACUGAAUUUCCAGGCUAUCUCUCAACCAAAAACGGGCCAACCCUCGACCAAAAAGAUCUGGACGAGAUGCGGGAUCGCAUCGCUGCAUAUUCCGGAUUGACAGAAAAGGAAGGGCGUGAUAAAUCAUUCCAUGGCGAAGACAACGACUCAAACCUCUUUGCGCGUAUUGUCCGCGGUGAAAUCACCGAGCAAUGGCGGAUCUGGGAGAGUCCCUCGCACAUCGCUUUUCUAACACCCUUUGGAAACACUCCCGGUUAUACGGUGCUUGUUCCCCGGAAACACACUUCGAGUGAUAUCUUCAGUCUUGCUCCAGACGACUACAACGCGCUGGCCGUUGAUGCGGCAGGUAGCGUUUCUGCACUCCUGAAAGAGGCACUGGGGCUGGAAAUGUGUGGGAUGUUUUUUGAGGGGUUAGAGAUUGAUUAUUCGCAUGUCAAGCUUGUGCCGGUGCAUACGAGCAAAAAACUAGGAGAGCCUCUGAGAGAGGAAUUUCGGGAGCUGUAUCGGGGGUCUGUUUCGACGAAGCUGGGGUUGACGGCGUAUCCCGAGGAGGAGCUGCAGAAGAUGGCUGGUGAACUACGAGCUAGGUUUGAAGUAUAA